AAAGAUCGGCAAAUCCACAUUCAGGUUCAGCUCUUGAGGUCCAGGCCCAUUCACUUCCUAAGAAGUUGUUCCGGCCACUCCCACUGCGACUUGCUGCGUCCCACGCUCUCAGAAUUUGGUGAAUAGUUACAUCAAAGCCCCAUAAAUCAAAAUGAGGGAAAUUGUGCAUCUGCAGGCUGGACAGUGCGGCAACCAGAUUGGCGCUAAGUUCUGGGAGAUCAUUUCGGAGGAGCACGGCAUCGACAGCAAUGGCAUCUAUGUGGGCGACAGCGACCUGCAGCUGGAGCGUGUCAGCGUCUACUACAAUGAAGCAUCUGCUGUGAGUCGCUCCUCGGGCGGCAAGUAUGUGCCGCGCGCCAUUCUUCUGGAUCUGGAGCCGGGCACCAUGGAGUCGGUGCGUUCCGGCCCGUACGGCCAGCUCUUCCGGCCGGACAACUUCGUGUUUGGCCAAUCGGGCGCCGGCAACAACUGGGCCAAGGGACACUACACAGAGGGUGCCGAGCUGGUUGACAAUGUGCUCGAUGUAGUCCGCAAAGAGUGCGAGAAUUGCGACUGUCUUCAGGGUUUCCAACUGACGCAUUCGUUGGGCGGCGGUACUGGCUCCGGCAUGGGAACCCUGCUCAUAUCGAAGAUUCGUGAGGAGUACCCGGAUCGCAUAAUGAACACCUACUCGGUGGUGCCAUCGCCAAAGGUGUCCGACACGGUGGUGGAGCCCUACAACGCCACCUUGUCCAUCCACCAGCUAGUGGAGAACACAGACGAGACGUACUGCAUCGACAACGAGGCGCUCUACGACAUCUGCUUCCGCACGCUGAAGGUCUCGAACCCAAGCUACGGCGACCUCAACCACCUCGUCUCGCUGACCAUGUCCGGCGUCACCACCUGCCUGCGCUUCCCCGGCCAGCUGAACGCCGAUCUGCGCAAGCUCGCUGUGAACAUGGUUCCAUUCCCGCGCCUGCACUUCUUCAUGCCCGGCUUCGCUCCGCUGACCUCGCGCGGGUCGCAGCAGUAUCGCGCCCUGACCGUCCCGGAGCUUACCCAGCAGAUGUUCGACGCCAAGAACAUGAUGGCCGCCUGCGACCCGCGCCACGGACGCUACCUGACCGUGGCCGCCGUCUUCCGCGGACGCAUGUCCAUGAAGGAAGUGGAUGAGCAGAUGCUCGCCGUGCAGAACAAGAACAGCUCGUACUUCGUCGAGUGGAUCCCGAACAACGUGAAGACCGCCGUCUGCGACAUCCCGCCCAAGGGGCUGAAGAUGUCCUCGACCUUCAUUGGCAACACCACCGCCAUCCAGGAGCUGUUCAAGCGCAUCUCCGAGCAGUUCUCCGCCAUGUUCCGCCGCAAGGCCUUCCUCCACUGGUACACCGGCGAGGGCAUGGACGAGAUGGAGUUCACCGAGGCGGAGAGCAACAUGAACGACCUGGUCUCCGAGUACCAGCAGUACCAGGAGGCCACCGCCGACGACGAGUUCGACCCCGAUGUUAACCAGGAGGAGGUCGAAGGCGAUUGUAUUUAAUGGUGUGGCCAGAGGAAUGAGGUGCGUGCGUGAGCGUCUUCUGAUUGGUGGCCAGCCCGCGCUGCUUCGCUCCGUGCGCCAGCAGCUGCGCGCCAAGCACUGCCACAUACUCUGAGGACGCGACAACAAUACACACAUACAUCGAGACACACACACACACCCGCACACGCGAAUACAUACAUACAUACUGAUACAGGAAAUGUCAAGCGUAGUUUGACAGCAAUCGAAGCACCAUCAGCCGGAAAUGCUCCCAAGCACUCCUUUCACACCCAAUCAUACGCAACCCAUUCAAUCAUUCACUCAGUCGUUCAUUUACCAUUCACCAUUCACGAUUCACCUGUUUCACUCACUUUCUUCGACUAUCUCUGUCGCCCUCACUCUUUCGUCUCAUUCACUCUACUGUUCAUUCUACGCUACACUUUACACGGAGGCACGUCUAUCGCAUUUCUCGCAGCCAUUUUCUUCUCUUAUUCUACUCCUUCACAGCUCAUUCACUGUUCAUCUGCUUUCAGCCCACUCUUCACGCUAAUUUAGGACUCGACAACAGUUAUACAUGCAUAAUUAUUUAUAUACAAUUGCAACGUUUAGUAUCGUAUUUAAUUUCAAAUAUUAAAGCUUAAAUUUAAAGGGAGGUAGUGCACAAUUUUCUCAUUAAUGAAGAAACUAUUUGGAAUUGCACCGAAGACUGACGAACAGGUAAAAGUUUUGGACUCAAUGGCAAUAUUUAGAGUACUUGAAACACCCAAAGAUCGAUCCUACUCAAACAACAAUACGAAAGAAAAACAAAAUGAAAAGCGAACAUAAUUUGAAUAUCUGGUUAACAUUUGUAUCAUUCAUAGCCCAUAAGUUUUUCUCUUGUAUUCCUGUGCUGUAACUCUCUCGUAGUCUUUAAAGUACCCAAGUAAUUAACUCAAACAUUAUUAAUAAAGUAUACUGCAAAAACUUUUCAAUAAAAAUUAAAUUUGCAAAAAAAAA